UGGUGGGCGGGAGGGGGAACUAGACGUGUGUUUCUACGCUGUCUGCUCACUGUGCGACCCCACCACGCUGCUGCUGCUGACAUCUGACUUAGACUCCGUUCACAGAGUCGUGUAAUCUGCCAGUCUGUCAAUCAAUCAGUCAGCCAGUCAGUCAAUCAGCCAGUCAGUCAAGCCUCCAGGACUCGAUACAGCCUCCAGUUUAGAAAGGAAAGAAGGAAGGAGAAGAAAAAGAAGGAAGAAGAAGAAGAGGAAUAUCCGUUUAGAGGAGAGGAAUGAAAUGAAAAGAGGAAAGAGAGGGGAGAGGAAGAGGGCAAAUAACAAGAAAAAAAUAUGUAGUGUAAAUACGUAGAAAGGAAGGAAGGAAGAGGAAAAGGAAGAAAAAGAGGAGAAGAGAGGAGAAGAGAAGAGAAGAGAGGGUGAAAGAAAAUAAGAAGAAAAACAUAUGACGAUAAAGAAAGAAAAACAAAAGAAGAAGAAAUAAUAACAAGAAGAAGAAAAACGAGGACAAGGAACAAGAAAGAAGAAGACAGAGAAGCGGAAGAUAAAAGAAAAAGGUAAAUAAGAAAGAAAGAAAUAGGAGAAGGAAAAGAAAACAAACCAAAGGAGAGAAAGGCGAAAAAGAAAGAAAUCAUUGGAAAAGAAGUUAAGUUUUAUCUUCAGUGACUUAGGAAAGGAAGAAGAAAAAGGAAGAAAAGGAAAUAAAAAGGAAGAAAAAAGAAAAUGUUUGUUAGUGAAAAAAACCUCGUGUGAAAAAGAAAGAAAGAAAGAAAGAAAGAAAGAAAAGAAAUAUUGAAAAGAUAAUCUAUACGUGAGAGAGAGAGAGAGAGAGAGAGAGAGAGAGAGAGAGAGAGAGAGAGAGAGAGAGAGAGAGAGAUGAUGAAACAAACAAACAAACAAACAAGAUACGAUAAAUAAGAAAAAGAAAGAAAGAAAGAGAGAGAGAGAGAGAUGGAAGGAAAGAAAAAAGUGAUUGAGUGAGAGAAAAAGUAAAAAAAAAAAGAAAAAAAAAGUGUGAGAGUGAGAGUGCAUCAUCCUGUGUGUGUGUGAGAGAGAGAGAGAGAGAGAGAGAGAGAGAGAGAGAGUUAAAACAAGAAGAAAAAUAAAGAAAAUAACAGAUUGAUAGAUAAAGAGAGAAAGAAAGAGAGAGAGAGAGAGAAGGAGAAAGUGAAAAAAAAAACGAAAAAAAGAAAGAAAGAAAGAAAGAAGAGAGAGAUAAGGAAAUCAAAGGAAGGAGGAGGAGGAGGAGGAGGAGAUAAGAGUGAAUUGAAAAGAGGGAAAAAGGGAUAAAAGGAAAUUGAUAAAGAUGGCGAUAGAAAAGCGAAUGAGAGGAUAAAGAAAAAAAGAAAAAAAGCUGAAAUAUAAAAGGAAAACGAAAUAAAAGUGAGUCAAAAUAGAAAUAAGGAAAAUAAAGAAAGAGGAGUUGGAGGAAAAUGAUAAUAAAUGGAUGAAGAAAAUAAAAUAAGAUAAAGCAGGAAAGAAAACAGAUACAAAAAUUAUGUGAAAGAAAACGAGAGAAAAAGAGAGAGGAGGAAAAACAAAGGAAAGAGAAACAAAGAAAAAUAUAUAGUUAAAGAAAGUGAAAGAAAGGAGGAAGAAGAAGACGAAGAAGGAAAAAAGGAAAACCAAGAAAAAAAGAGGAAAGGAAAAUAGAGAAAAAUAGAAAGUGGAGAGAAAAGUGAGAGAAGGAAAGAAAGAUAAUGAACGAGAAAGUGAAAUAGAGAGAGAGAGAAAGAAAGAAAGAAAAAGAAAAAUAUACAGAACAAAAGAGUUUAAAGAAGAGGAAGAGGAAAGUGAGUUCAACGUUCCUCUUACCUGUCCAAGAGGCAAUUAGCUGCACCUACCUGGCCGCCAAGAGGAUAAAGAGGACCUUUCCCUCCCUCUCACAUCCCUCUCACCUCCUACUUUUCCUCUUUUUUUCCUCUUCUCUUGUUCCUCUCUCCCUUCCUCUCACAUCCCUCUCAGAUCCCUCUCACCUCUUAAUUUUACUCUUUUUUUCCUUUUCUCCUCUUGUUCCUCUCUCCCUCCCUCUUACUCUUACUCACAUUUAUCUUUUUCCUCUUCCUCUUAAACUUCUCUCCUCCCCUCUCACAUCCCUCUCAGAUCCCUCUCAUCUCCUACUCUUAAACUUAUUUCCCCCUUUCCUCUUCCUCUUAAUCUUCUCUCCCUCCCUCUUACAUCCCUCUCCAUUCCCUCUCAUCCUCUCGAAUUCCUCUUUUUUCCUCCUCUUACUUAUCUUUUAUCUUCCUAUUCCUCUUCUUUUUUUUCUCCCUCUCUCUUCCCUCUCCUAUCAUCUUCUCUCUCCAUCUUCUCCUAUUCCUCUUUCCUCCUCUUAUUUCUCUCUCUCUAUUCCCUCUCAUAUUAUAUUCCUUUUUUUAUUUCUCUCUCCCUCUCCAUCCCUUUCCCUCCCUUCUUUCCCUCCCUCUCAAUUUCCUCCCUAUCCGUUUCCUCUCCCUCUCCGUUUCCUCAUCUCUCCACCAUGAUAAUACCUAAGUGAGAGAGAGAGAGAGAGAGAGAGAGAGAGAGAGAGAGAGAGAGAGAGGUAGCCAUGGCGACGACUCUCCACUUACGGCAUCCACCUCUCCUCCUCCUCCUCUUCCUCCUCCUCUUCCUCCUCUUCUUCCUCCUCCUCCUUGCCCCGCCCUCCGUCGCCUCCUCCCUCGCCAAGGUCUCAGGAGAGGAAGAAGUCACCACCAACACUAACACCAAUACCAACAGCAACAACAGAGACCCCAGCGAGGAUGACAGCGUGUGGGGCGGCGGCGUAGCGUCAGGCGGCGAGGAACUGCCCGUAGCGAAGACCCGAGUCGUGUACCCGUUCAGGACAGACCAACACGGGCAUGUUAUCUCCCCUUACGUCAACGGCGGCCCCAGACACACGCCCCGCUUCCGUAGAGACGCCCCCCCUGCACGCCCUCACCACGCCCGCAGAAGAAAGAGGGUACGAAGAGCUGAGGUUGAGGAUUUGUGGCGUGAAGAAGAGGAGACUGUUGUGGAGGAGGACACGUUCAUCGCUGCAGCUGACGGCGAGGGCGACAAACUCUACAUCAUGAUCAACAACGAGGACGAGGAGCUUUUUCUGAACCUGACGGCCAACACGCGGCUGGUCACGCCCUACACCGUCAUCGAGUGGGUGCUGGAGGGCGGCCGAAGGGUCCUCAAAACGGCCUCCUUCUCCUCCUCCUCCUCCCCUACCUGCUUCUACACGGGACGCCUCAACACCUCCUCCCACUCCCUCGUCGCCGUGAGUAACUGUGACGGUCUGACGGGCUACAUUCAGACCAGGGACGCGGGCUACUUCAUCGAGCCGCUCCGUAGGAAGGGCGUGCCUGCUAGCGGGGACUCCGAUGAUGACGAUGAUGAUGCCUCGCCCGGGCCGCAGCCUCACCUCAUCUAUAAAGUCGAAGCCGUUACGAGUCGCCUAAACCUCUCCCUUCAGCAAGACCAGGAGUUUCAAGGCGAGGAGGAGACUGAGAAUGAGUUCGAAGAUGCUACCGACGCCCUUCACCUCGAGCCUCAAGUCCAAGGUCCCGAGGAUGAGGAUGAGGAUGAGGGCCGCAGGAAGAUCGAUAUGCCACACGGAGCUCGGGUAAAAGAAGGAGAGAAAGAAGAAGGGAAGAAGGAGAAGGAGGGGGAAGAAGCAGCAGCGACGGUUCUUGAAAUAAUUCAUGAAUUAAAUCGGAAAAGGAGAGGAACUUUGUCCUCCCAUUUGGUUCCGACGCGGCUUGGGAGAGAAAAGAGGAGCGAGGAGAAGGAGGAGGAGGAGGAGGAAGAAGAGAAGCGGAAAGUGAGCGCACAGGAAAGGAGGAAGAAAGUGGAAAAAGUGGAAAAAGACGACGACGAAGAAAGCACCACAGAAGAAAAGAAGAAAAAAGAAGACGAAGAGGAGGAGGAGAAGGAGGAAGAUGAGGAAGAGGGUGCGCUGGAGAGAUCGAGUAGGAGGAGGAGUAGGAGGCGGAGGUGGUCGGACAGGCUACCGAAGUUCCUAAGACGACCGAAGUUUGCGGCGACGACUUCGGAUAGACGCAGCCGUUCCGCGCACGACGACCAUCUGCAGGACCUCGGUCUCCACCACCAAGAGGAACGACAUCGAACUCGAAGAAACCAGGCGGAAGACGAAGACAAAGAGGAAGAAGAGGAGGAAGAAGAAGAGGAGGAAGAAAAACACAUCUCCACGCUUGAGGAACUAAAGAACGAAGGAGGAAACGAAGGAAAUCAGAUAGACAACCCCGAUAAUAAUAAUACUAAUAGAAGGAGGAAAGAAAGGAAGGGAAAGAGCAGGAAUGGAAGAAGAAACAGAGCGUGCAAGAACAGAGAUGAUGGAGGAGGAGGAGGAGCAAGAGGAGGAGGAGAAGACGCCGUAAAUGAGGAAGUGGAAGGCAAAACGGAUAACGAAAAUGGAUGCAAGAAAAAAGUCGGAGAAAGAAGACGAAGAAUCAUGGAGGAGAGAGCGAGGAGAAGAGCGGAAAAGAGGAGGAGGAGAGAAGAGAGGAGAAGAGAGAAAGAGCAAAGGAAGCUGGAGAUGAGGAAGAAGAAGAGGCUGGAGAAGAGGAAGAGGAUGCAAGAGUGUCGGGAGAUGAAGCAAGGAGAUGAGGGGUCGGGGGAUGCUGAGAACUGCGAGAUGGAAGACGAGGAGAGGAGAAGAGAAAGGAGGGAUAGGAGGAGGGAAGAGAGGCAGCGGAAGAGACGAGAGAGGCAGAGGAAGAAGAGGAAGAAAAAGAAGAGAAAGAAAACACAGGAGGAGGAAGGGGAGGAAGAGGAGGAGGGAGAGAAAGGCGGAAGUCGCAACGGGGAAGAUUUGGAUGCAACUUCUUCUACGUCACGGACAAUCUCCUCGCGAAUCUCGGACCCCUUCGAAGGCCUUUCCUGGGACGGAUAUUCUCCUGAUAUGUGGGAGACGCAGGUGGCGGCAGGUUCAUCGGCCCUGGAGGAGGAGGAGUGGAAGGCGGCGCCGGAGGAGGAGGACCCGGAGAAGUGGCUGGAGUUGGUGGUGGCCGUGGACCGCAGCGUCAUCACCUUUCACGGCGACGAGGCGGUGGAGCGAUACGUCUUCACGCUCUUCAACAUCGUGAGCGCCAUCUACGAGGACCCUUCCCUGGCCUCCAACCUCCAUCUUGUUAUGCUCAGGAUCAUCUUUUACAAGGACGCCUCGCAGGACCAGGUCCGCGAGGGUCACGCCAAGAAGUCCCUGGAGGCGGUGAACCGGUGGGCGGAGCGGCUGCACCGAGUGUCCCCCGCGGCGCUGCGCCACGACCUAGGGGUGUGGCUAACAAGAGAGGACUUGGGCGGCCCCUCCGGCUACGCCCCCGUGUCCGGCGUGUGUCAGCCCGCCCGCUCCUGCACACUCAACAGGGAUGAGGGUCUAACGUCUGCCUUCAUCAUAGCCCACGAGAUGGCCCACGUCCUGGGCCUGAGCCACGACGGGGACCCAGUGGCCGGCAAUACGUGUCAACAGGAGGGUUACCAAGGCUCCGUCAUGGCCCCGCUGGUUGCUGCCACAUUCAGCAGGUUCCACUGGUCGUCCUGCUCACGCUCCGAGUACCACGCCAAGGCCAAGAACUGGUCGUGCCUGACAAACAAGCCGAGCUGGGAGAACGCCACCACGGUCCAGUCCACCAUCCACUACGAGUACUCCCUCGACGACCAGUGCAGGAUGGAAUUCGGCAACGGGUACGGCCUCUGCGGCGUGAUGGGCGGCACGGACCCGUGUACCCACCUGUGGUGCAGCAACAGCACGACGCCGCAGCACUGCAAGACCAAGAAGGGACCGCCGCUGGAGGGGACGGCGUGCGGCGAGCAGAAGUGGUGCCGGCAUGGGUUCUGCGUCACCACGGGGCAGGAGGUGGAGGAGGAGGAGGUUUCGGGCGAGUCCCCAGUGAGGCACAACCCCAGGGACGGUGGCUGGGGGGACUGGAGCACCUGGGGACCUUGUUCGCGGACCUGUGGGGCUGGUGUUGCCUUCAGGACCCGACUAUGUGACAACCCGACGCCUGCGUGGGGCGGGCGGAGGUGUCGCGGGAAGAGAGAGGAGUGGAAGAUAUGUGGUGGUGAGGAGUGCCCGCUGCCUCGCCUCGACCUGCGCGCGCAACAGUGCUCCAUCCUCUCCCGCAUUGCUGAAUUGGACCCCCGCCGCGCCGCCCUUACCUGGCUGCCCUACGAACCCAAGCGGAAAAGGAAGAGGUGCCGUAUCUCCUGCUACAGCCACGCCACCAACGAGGUCUACAUUGGGCGGGAGUUCGUGGUGGACGGGACGCCUUGCUCCUACGACGAACCUGAUGACAUUUGCGUGCAGGGCAAGUGUGUGGCUCUGGGGUGCGAUAACAAGGUGGGGUCCCGUGAACGAGUGGACGAGUGUGGCGUGUGCGGCGGGGAUGGGGCGACCUGCGCACGACACACCCACACCUACACCCAGACACCCCCGCCGGAAUACAGUCACGUCGCUACCCUCCCCGCCGGCGCCUGGAACAUCGUGAUACAAGAGGAAGCAGCGACUCUCAACUUCUUAGCUCUGAGGGACAACGCUACCACCUCCUCCUCGUCUUCCUCCUCCUCCUCUUCCUUCUCGUCAUCUUCAGCGUCUUCGUCGAGGUUCUUUCUCAAUGGUGGAAGGACGCAAGAGCCAUCGAGGUCCUUUAUAAGUGAAGGGGCCAAGUUCGUUUACACCAACAGCGGCGAGCGAGAGGCUUUGAGAGCUCGAGGCCCACUACUGCGUCCCGUGUCUCUAUUGGUACACGGGAGCCAGGCGCGUCAGGAGGUCACCGUCACCACCACAUACCUGACGCAGCUACGCCCGGAACAUUACCAGUGGGAGGUGGGGCCCUACACGGCCUGCUCGGUGACCUGUGGCGGCGGCCAGCAGCACCAAACCCUCGUGUGCCGGGACCGCCGCUCCGACCACCAGGUGUUCCACGACCGCUGCCACCAUCUGCCCCGCCCCGCCCUCAACACCACCGCCUGCAACACCUUCGGGUGCGCGGCGCGGUGGGUGACGGGGGCGUGGGAGCACUGUUCUGCCACGUGCGGGCCCGCGGGCGUGCAGCAGCGGGUGGUGUUCUGCGUGUCGCUCCCCGAGGCCGCCACCGCCAACUGGACCCAGGGCAUUGUGGACCCGCUGCGCUGCGCCGACGCACCCCGCCCCCAGGGUCGCCGCGCCUGCCUGCGUGAUCCCUGCCCCGGUGCCUGGAUGCCGCGGGGCUGGUCAGAGUGCUCCACCACGUGCGGCGAGGGGGUGCAGACGCGCCAGUGGGAGUGUGUCGGCGGCGGCGGCAACGAGGUGACGUACGAGUGUGGGCCGCAGCCGAGGACGGAGAGGGUGUGCUUCGGCUCGCCCUGCCCCUCCAGCGAGCCCUGCCUCCGGGAUGCCUCGCCCUUCUGCCAGCUGCCCGUGCUCCACCGCUACUGCCAGCUGCCGAAAUACCGCGACCUGUGUUGUCAUACGUGCGCAAAUGUGGUCUAUUAAGGUUAUGGUUAGGUUAAGUUAAGGUAAGGUAAGGGUGGGUGUGACUGUACGUACGUGUGUGUAUAUAUAUAUGGAUAGUGUUGAGAUACAUACAUACAUACAUACAUAUGUACAUACAUACAUACGUUAUACAAACAUACAGACCGACAGACAUGAAAAUAUAGAUAGAUUAAGUAGACAGGAGGAGGAGGAAGAGGAGGAGGAGGAGGAAGAAGAACAAAAAGAACAAGAAAGACACACACACACACACACACACACACACACACACACACACACACACACACACACACACACACACAGACACACACUCAAGAUGUAAGUCAAAACAUUGGUGAUGUGCUUUUCCAUGUUAUUUCCUUACAUAGACAGGAGACCCUUUUGUGUUCAGCUUGUUAGUGUGUGCGAAGAGGAGGAAGAAGAAGAGGAGGAAGAGGAGGAGAAGGAGGAGGAGGCAGUGAUGAGGAUAGUGGUGGUGGUGGUGGUUGCUUGAAAGGAAGAAAAGAAGGAAAAAAGAGAAAAAAAGAAAGUGGUUGUGGUGGAGAAAGAAAGGAGAAAGAAGGAGGAAGGAAGAAAAAAGAAAAGAAAUAAACGAAGAAAACGAAGAAACUGGAGACCGAGAUCCGUGGAAGGCAUACGAAAGAAGGAAAGAAAGAAAAGAAAGAAAGAAAGAAAGAGAAAGAAAGAAAGAGAAAAAAGAAAGAAAGAAAGAAAGA